AUGGCUGGGUUUCUCGGCUUUUUCUUACUCUUCUUCAUUUCUUCAGCUAAUGCUUAUGAUCGUUGUGUUCAUUUUUCUAAAGCUAGUCGUUUUUUUCAAUCACCUACAACGUAUGGUGGAGCAUGUGGUUAUGGAAACUUGACAUUGAAAUUUUCUAAAGGCUAUUUUGCUGCUGCUGUGCCUUCCCUUUACAAAGAAGGAGCUGGUUGUGGUGCAUGUUAUCAAGUAAGGUGCAAAAAUAGAAGGCUUUGCAAUACAAUAGGAACUAGAGUGGUAUUGACAGAUCAAAAUAAUGAUAACACAACGGAUCUCGUUCUUAGCAAAAGGGCUUUUUUUACAAUGGCCCUUAGUGGAAAAGGUGGAGACUUGUUGAACCUUGGAGUUGUUGAUGUUGAAUACAAGAGGGUACCUUGUGAGUAUACAAACAAAAACUUGUUAGUGAGAGUGGAAGAAUCAAGUUAUAAUCCAUUCUACUUGGCAAUAAAAUUCUUGUACCAAGGUGGACAAACAGAUAUUGUGGCUGUGGACAUAGCUCAAGUUGGUACCUCUGAAUGGAGUCAUAUGAAAAGAAGCUAUGGGGCAAUAUGGGAAACUAACAAUGUACCUGAAGGAGCAUUGCAACUAAGAAUGGUGAUAACUUCAGGAUAUGAUGGGAAAUGGAUUUGGGCAAACUCUGUUAUUCCUGUUAAUUGGAAAAUUGGAAGAACUUAUGAUACCAAAGUUCAGAUCAAUGACAUUGCAAAGGAAAGUUGUCCACCAUGGCAAUGUGGAGAUGGGAAGUGGAAAUGA